CUCCGGCACUUUAAUCCAGGCCUGGUUGUGUUUUUAACUGUAUUUUUUUUUUUAUUGUACUUUAAUUGCUUCUCAUAGCUCAAGCACAGCUAUUGAUCCAUUUAUGACAAGCUGAUCAUUCUGAAGCUUUCAGCAAAGUGAACUCUGGCAUGACAACAUGAAUUCACCUUACACAGCUGUGCAGUAUUACCCUGAGUUUCCCUUUCGGCGACUCAGGGACCCUUCAGCUCGUCUGUCCUGGAGAGAGGGCUCAUUCCUCACCACCAUGUCCCAGAAUCAGGCAGCACAGACAACUGACUUGUUCAGCCAAGAUGUGUUCAACCAGCUGUUUGAUAUGCUCGACCAAUCUGCCAUUCAUUCAGUCCAGCCCAUCGAGCUGAACUUCAGCGACAGUCCGGCCGACGGGUCGACAGGAAACACCAUUCAGAUCAGCAUGGACUGCAUAACCAUGCGUGAGCCGGAUGAACCGCUUUCUAAUGAGACUUUAGAGCUGACUGUGCACUCAAGUGUGGCUGGUCCAGAUGUGGUGAGGACACAGGCUUAA